GUAAAAUCCUUAUGGUCGUGGUGUGUGUGGGCGUGGAUGGGUGUUAGAGAGAAAAGAAAGCCUCAGCAGAAGGAAAGAAACGGAGAUGGAGGAUGUGAUGCGGGGGAGGGCCACAGAGAGUUCAGUGGCCUGUCUGGCCUUCCCCUCGACAAACUCGGCUGCGUCCUCGGGACCUCUGGGAAAUGUAGUGUCACUGACAGACGGAGCUGUUCUUUAUUGUUUCGGGCUCAUUUGUACACCCGCCAGUCUUCCACAGUUGCACAAAGGUGUGUGUUAAACAGGAUCCGAUGGCGCAGUGGUUCAUUGCUCGCGUUAACGCGAAGAAGACCACGAUAAAGUGUCCAGGUUAAACUUCACAUCCCACGCUGCUUGUUGCUUCAUGCGCAGGCUCUUUGAGCGAGGAUGAGGAGGCGACACCGCGGAGAAUGAGUGGAGGGAGGCUCUGAUCUGGGCUUCAAAUCAGACAUUUUCACUAUGAAUUGCGUUUGUUUGAUAAAAGUCGCACUUUUUGAACUGGCCGAGCCUACAGUACAUCUGGUCACACUGUAGGAUUUAUGUGGCACUUCAACAAAGGUGGUGGAAAUCCUGGCAGAGAGACGCCGAGAAGUUCUUUGCUUUUGUAAUUUUGGGGACAGCAUGCCGCGAGACAACAAAACUGCUCUCAUCCAGAAAAUAGCGAAACAAGCCUAUACGACGUUCAGAGGCUUGCAGUCGUCUGCCAACGGCGACGUUAAAGUCGUCGAGGACAAACUUAAUGGGCUAAUCUCCUUAGUAACUGCCGUCAGGGCUUCCGACGUGAAAAUUGCUCCUCGGAAAACCAACUCGAGCUCCGGGGCAGCGGAGCUCCAGAGCCCCCCGGUCACCUACAUGCACAUUUGCGAGACGGAGGUGUUCAGUAUGGGUGUGUUCCUGCUGAGGAGCGGCGCGUCCAUACCGCUUCACGAUCACCCGGGGAUGAACGGGAUGCUCAAGGUUCUCUAUGGAAAGGUGAACGUCCGCUGCUUUGACAAGCUGGAGCAAAACCUGGCUGUAACCACAGUCCCACCCGUAUUUGACCCCCCGGUACCCCCACUGCAGAUGACCUCCGUGUGGCGUGCCGUGCUCCGCUCAGUGGUUGAGUACUCAGAGAACAGCGGGCCAUGUCUCCUCACUCCUGUGCGGGAUAACCUUCACCAGAUCUACGCAGUCGAUGGGCCCGCUGCCUUCCUGGACAUCCUGGCUCCUCCGUACAAUUCAGAUGAUGGGCGAGACUGUCACUAUUACAAAGUCCUGCAAAGUGCACUGGAAGAUGAAACCGAUGCAAAAGGUCACCAGGAACAGCAGGGAGAGAAGGGGAAGGAAGAGGAGGUGUGGCUCUUAGAAAUCCCUCAGCCGGAGGAUUUCUGGUGUGGUGGGGAAUCAUACCCAGGGCCUGCAGUCUCUGUGUAAUAGAAGCCUGCGCUCGAAAGCAAACACACUACAAAGCAUUACAGACUUGUUUGUUCUGCCAUCUUCCAGAAGGAAAACCAAAAAUUGAGUCAUAAUCACCUGGAAGUUACCUGGACUGACUGCCUUGCUCUUGGUUAAGGAUAAUAUAUUAGUGCAGAGGUAUACACAGGCUUAAACUGACUUAAAGCCCUCCUGGAGUCAGGACAACUGAACAGCCUUCCACAAAUAUCCCUGUGAUCCCGGGAAUUCUCAUUCCUAAUAUGGUGUUUUCCUUCAUGUGGCCGUGUACACUGAUGAAUGUUAUUAGCAACACUUUGUGAAUGGUGGGGUAUCAUUAGGAUCUCUGCUGUGCUGCUUGUUGUUGGUCUCUGCUGCAGAGAGCCUCCACAUUGCCAAAGCCUGCAGCUCUCCUGUCUGCCUUAUAUGUGAAUAAUGAAUGUACACUUAUGAAGAAGGCCAUGUACCCACUCACUGCACACAUUAUAUUUACGCUUUCUUUUUAUUCUUUUCACUUAUCCAUGACAUGCUUCCUAAACAGGUUUGGUCAGUUAUUAGAGGAAAGAAAAAAGCCGUUUUUACAAAGAUGGCUAUGGCUAAGUGCUGGAAAUGGAAGAUGUAUUGGAUAACUUUAAUAUUUUAACCAUUGACGUGUAUCCUGCGUAUGUCACCUGAGCUUAUGCCUGGAAUUCCCUGCGGCCUACGUUUGACUCCACACACAUUUGUGUCAGUAUGACCGUGAUGCUGUUACUUUGAUGAUGAAUGUAUGUGGAGCAAUAAAACAGAUGAAGAUGCUCACAAAUAAAAAAUGUCUUUUAUCGUUAAUAGAGUUUAAAAUCUGACGAAAGUUACUAUAUUUUGGGAGGAGGGUGGGUGCUGAGUUACUCAGCAGAAACCUGCCUGGCCCUGUCAGUGACCUGCACCACUGACAGUCAGUGUAGUCUGCAGUGCUGAUCCUGAGUGAAAGCUGUCAGCUGUUGAUGGGCUGUUUUGACCCAAUCAACAUAUUGUAUUUUUCCAGAAUGCCUGCAGAAACUCGUAAUGUCCUGGGUCAGUGACCAGGUGUUUUGAGUUGUUGUAUCGUUAUUGAACUUUGAUUUUGUCUUUGUUUAUCUUUUCUAGUUUUGGUUUCUGUUUCUGUGUUCCAUGGUUGCUGUUCCCGCCUAGUCAAGUUAUGUUUCCUGUUUUACUUUGAAAGUCUGUGUCCUAUCUAAAUGUAUUG